AUGUUUCUCCCUGAGUCCCUCCGGCGCCUGGCGCUUCGCAGCGCCCAAAGGCUGAGAGGGAUUAGAGGCGCCGAUCACAUCCAAGAGGUUCUUUAUGUCGAGCUGUGGAUGUUACCCGCGUUGUUUGGACCCUGCUCCCGGAUUCCGCAUGUGCUGCAUGGUCACGUGGUACCCUACAGCUAUCACCAGGACCCGUAUGCCAGGGGUGCUUUUCAAAGGGAGUCCAAGUCUGAAGGCGAAACGUCCCGUGCCCGCGGCUCAGAGCGGGGUUUGGCGCCCCCUGUGGGCCACCGGAGCGGAGCGGGCAGCACCGCGCUCACAGACCCCAGAGGCGUCCGUGGAGAGCGGCGCCGCACGCCCGCCUCCUGCUCCGCCAUCUUGUUCUGGGCGCUGAGGGCUUCGCCACAGCGGCGUCCUGCUGGAGGACAGCGUCGCUCCCUCGAAAGCCUUCGAACUUCCUGUUGUCUUAGCACGAGUAUUACGGGGGUGUGCGAGUCAGCGGGGAGAGUAGCACAUGGAGCUCAAGCCGCGGCGGUGGACGGUGCCGGAGCACUUCGCCUUCCCUUUGGAAUUUUCAUGGAAGAGGACCAGGAAGAGCUCAUCUUGGGUGGGGGGUCCCUGCCCUGCCCCCUCCUCUUCUCCAUUUCCCUCCCACCCCCUCCCCAGUAUAUCCCAGGGCCCUCCCGCAGCUCAUCCCCCUGCCCCUCCUCCCUCUUCUCCGCGGUCCUCAGGCCCCCUCCUCCAGGUCACCUGGCCCUUGACCUACUCCGCCUCGGGGCGCACAGCCAGACCUUCAUCCAGCUGGAAAAGGGCUUCGCAGCCACGGGCCUGAUGCUCGUCCUCCUCAUGGCUUCGCUGGAGUCACGGCAGCUGGGACCCCGAAAGCCGGGGCCGAGGUGGGUGACCUCGGGGAACUCAAGGGUGGAGUGUCCGGCAUCUCGGGUUUCUCGAGGGUCGCCUGCGUUGCUGGGUGUCCGGGUGCCCCCUUCCCCCUGCCUCCCAGGCUCCGGGGAAGGGGGCCUCGAGCCGCUGCAGCUGGUCCAGAGCCAGCUCCUGACCACCCGCAACCUGGCCGCAGCCUCCGCCAUCCUCCUGGACCCGCGGGGCCUGUUCCCGUCCCACCAGGGAGGGGGCUCCGUCUCCCUUAGGCCCUCCAGGCCUGCCUUACCGAACGUUUGGUUGCAGACCCCUUCAGAGUUCAUCCUGUCCGUCAAAGGGUCUUGA